GGGGAAGGAGCCGGUUUCCUGCUUCCCCGCUCGCAGCUCGGCGGUGGCGGCGGCGGGGGGAGGCGCUCGUCGCCCCCCCCUCCAUCCAUCUAUCCAUCUAUACAUCCAUCCACCCACCCACCCACCCACUCAUCCAUCCCUUCAUCCACCCGCCCACCGCUCUCCAUGGGCCGGCGCUGCCGGCGCUGAGCGCCCGGGGAGGCAGCGCCCGGUUGCGGCCGCGAUGAGCGGCGGGGAGGUGGUGUGUUCGGGCUGGCUCCGAAAGUCACCGCCGGAGAAGAAGUUACGGAGAUACGCAUGGAAGAAACGCUGGUUCGUCCUGCGCAGUGGUCGAAUGAGUGGCGACCCUGACGUCCUCGAGUACUACAAAAAUGACCACUCCAAGAAACCUCUGCGUGUCAUCAACCUCAAUUUCUGUGAGCAAGUGGAUGCAGGCCUGACCUUCAACAAGAAGGAGCUGCAAGACAGCUACAUCUUCGACAUCAAGACCAGUGACAGGACCUUCUACCUGGUGGCUGAGACUGAGGACGACAUGAACAAAUGGGUUCGCAGCAUCUGCCAGAUCUGUGGCUUCAACCAGUCUGAAGAGAACACAGACACCCUGAGGAGCAUCGCCUCCAUAAACCACGCGCCUCGGUCCUCCCCAGCAGAGCUCAGCGGUGCCAGCCACCACCUGCUGCGAGAGCGCAAGUCCUCAGCGCCGUCACACUCCAGCCAGCCCACCUUGUUCACCUUCGACUCGCCCGCCGGCCACCUCCAGAGCACCCUGUCCGCCAGUGCCCCCCAGGAUUACCUUUUCCUCCACCAGUGUAUGAGCAGAAAGUCAGAAAACGCAAGGAGUGCCAGCUUCUCCCAAGCCACAAGGUCUGCCUUCUUCAUGCGGAGUGACACGGCGGUCCAGAAGCUCUCCCAGGGCAAUGGGCACUGCGUGAACGGGGUCGGUGGGCAGCUCCACGGCUUUUACAGCCUGCCGAAACCCAGCCGGCACAACUCGGAGUUCAGGGACAGUGCGUAUGACCUCCCGCGCGCCUUCGCUUCCUACACCCACCCCAAGUUGAGCCUCACCAGCUCUGAAACGGAUAACGAGGAGGUCUACACCUACAAGACUCCCAACAACACCCUAUGCAAGGAGUUUGGGGAGCUCUCCACGGACUCCUACGACAUCCCUGCCACCCCACUUUCCAUCUACCAGAUCCCCAGGACAUUUACACUGGACAAGAACCACAAUGCUCUGGCUGUGGCCGCCAGCGACUCACCUGCCACACCACCCCCACGUCCCCCGAAACCCGGGCAGAUGGAGCCACGGUGGGGCAGCCCACCCCAGCGGCCCCAGCCUGGUGAAAACUUAGGGCUGGCCCCCAUGCCAGCCACCAUUCCCCGGAGAAACACGCUGCCGGCAGUGGAGAACAGCAGGCUGCACCGAGCUUCUUCUUGUGAGACGUACGAAUACCCCCAGCAUGGGGGCGGCAGCGCUGUGCAGUCAGUCGAGUCGAUGAACGACGGGUACAACUCCUACCUGCAAGCCAAGGCAGUGGUGGCCCGCUCCCACAGCACCGACUCGGAGGACAACUAUGUUCCCAUGAACCCUGGUUCCUCACCCCUGAUCCACGCCGAGAAAGCCAACGACAAUACCCAAAAUCUCUACAUCCCCAUGAGCCCUGGACCGCAUCACUUUGACCUGGUGGGGUUGUCCUCAGCCACCCUUCCCGUGCAUAAAGGAGGAGCCAUGGCACAGUGCCACAGACGGUUGAGUGAAAUCCAGCCCCCGCCAGUCAACCGCAACCUCAAACCUGACCGGAAAGCAAAGCCAUCACCGCUGGACUUGAGAAACAACGCUGUCAUCGAGGAGCUUCCCUUCAAAUCGCCAGUCACGAAAUCCUGGUCCAGGCCAACCCAGAGCUUCAACGCCGGCUCUUUGCAAUACUGCCGCCCUGUCUCCUCCCAGAGCAUCACCAGCACUGACUCGGGAGACAGCGAGGAGAACUACGUGGCAAUGCAAAACCCCAUUUCUGCUUCUCCUGUUCCUAGUGGCACCAACAGCCCAGCCCCUAAAAAGAGUUCGGGGAGCGUGGAUUAUCUGGCCCUGGACUUCCAGCCAAGCUCACCAGGGCCACACAGAAAGCCCUCCACCUCAUCGGUCGCCUCGGAUGAGAAGGUUGAUUACGUGCAAGUGGACAAGGAGAAGACGCAGGCGCUGCAGAGCACCAUGCAGGAGUGGACUGAUGUGCGGCAGUCCUCGGAACCCACCAAGAGCACGAAGCCGUAGCGGUCGGGGACAGGCAGCGAAACAGGCAAAUGUCUCACUUGGCUUCCAGCUCCACCUGAGCUGGAUUUCUGAGACUUGUCUGCAGAGGGGAGGGGGGAGUCUUCAUUUUUUUUUUUCUUUUAUGACAAAAAGAAACUUAAUUUCAGGGUAAGACUUAGCAGAUACUGUUUGCCAGUGAUAGAGACCAACGAUGUUCGGUGGCUCAGUUUGUGCUUUAGCUGCUGGAUGCACUAUCCAGGAACUCCAAUUUAGCAAUACCAGGUUUCACCUUACACAUAUUUUGCUUACAGCUAUUAAAGCCACCUCAUAUGUGCUAACACUGCAUCAUCUCUCCCCGUCUUCUUCCACACCAUGCCCCCAAACCGUGCCGUGCAGGUUUGCAGCAUCUCUCCUAGGACAUCAUUCUCCAGCUCUUAUUCCCCACUCCUUACAGUUGCACUCUUCUCUGCCUCCUCCCAAUCCCAAAACUGAGCAAGGAUCAUUCGUUUCAAAAUCACUUUCGUUGUCCCAUCUCUUGUAAAUAAUAUGUUCAGAACCUUUGAGGGCUAUUGUCCUCCUGGUGGGAUGGCCCCCAUGUGCUUGGCUGUGGUUUUUAGCCUUCAGGAGCUGUAAGAGCAUCCAGACUGUUCCAUUGAGCUGACUUUGAAUGCCGGGUCUUGCCUGACCAACACACACAUACAUGUGAGCGCGUGCUCACACACUUGCAUGCAUGUGUGAAGCAGCCAGUUUUGUUGGGCUGUCUUCUGAUGAUGAUGGUCUCCAGCUUCUGUCAAAGUCAAUGGGAUGGGGAGACUGGCUUUGAAUGGCAGAAUUUAAGCCCUGACCCACUGUCUAUCUGAAAUCAAUUUCUUGCGAAUCUGGCCUUAAGAAGCAAAAUCUGCUCUUUGAGACACCAAAAGAAGCCCACAGAGUGAGAGUCCUACAUUCAUGGCCAUCAUGAGAAGCUCUGUGGCUGAGUUCAAGGGACACAGGGAGGCUCUGGAGACCCUGUAUAUCUGGACUGGUGUGAGGAUAAGUGACAAGGAGGGAGUGGGAGGCUGUUGUGAGGACAAGGAGAAGGUGGAUGCUGAAGUGCAGAGGUUGGUCUUGGGUGACGAGGUCCAAUGGGGUGUAUAUUGGAGGAAAAUAGUAGAGUCAUUGAAACUUGAAAGGGGUUUGUAGCAUUGAGGGUGUUGGUUUCUUCUCCCCAGUAGCAAGUGAUAGGACAAGAGGAAAUUACCUCAAGCUGCACCAGGGGAGGUUUGGAUUGGAUAUUAGGAAAGAAUUCUUCCUGGAAAGGUUUGUCAGGCAUUGGAAUAGGCUGCCCAGGGCAGUGGUGGAGUCACCAUCCCUGGAGGGGUUUAAAAGACGUGUAGAUGACAUUCUUGGGGACAUGGUUUAGUGCCAGUGUUGGGUUAACAGUUGGACUCUAUGAUCUUGAGGGUCUCUUCCAACCAAAUUUUUCCUGUGACUCUAAACGUUGUUUGAUGGUGAGGUCUUAGGCUUGGGAAGAGGAUGGUUAGCUUUAAUGUAGCAUUAUGGUUGGUUUGUGGUGGAUGCAAAGGACCAAACUAGAUAUUUUCUCCCCAUCUUCAGCAAUUUUUCUUCAACACAGAAAUGGGGCCUGUUGACAUUAAUGACCCUAGGCUCUAAUUGUGGAUAGGAAUCUGCUAUUGUCCCUUGCCAGCCUCCUUGACACAUACAGGCUUCAGGAUCGCUCCUCAGGCAGCUGCCAGGCACAGAGAGCCGAGAAGGAAGAGACAGUUUAUUGCAGAGAUAAUAAUUCAUGAUCUCAUGAAAACAGGAAGGACUAAUGAUUGCCAUGGAGCAGCCUGAUUGCCAGACAGCGAGCGCUGACACAGAUAAACAGGCUGUCCGCAAACCAAGAGCCAAAUGACAAGACGUUAGAAAGAUUAGGUAAUAAUAUUUAUUAAAUAGCUGGAGCUAUUCUUUCUGCAAGCUGAGCCCCUCCCAGCACCAUGAGCUCUAUGUUCCACCAACACCACCAAGUUGCAUUGAUUAUCAAUGCUUAAGCAUUAACACAUUUGUUUAAUCUUGGUCUGAGUUUGGAAAGGACCAGAUGUGACGCACAUGGGCAUCGGAUACCAGUCCCUUAAGGGCUGCGUGCUGGUAAAAUAAGUCUUGAUCUUCUAAUACCAAUUUAUAUUUUCUUCUUGAAUGCCAUGAAAGGGAAGGAUAUUAAUGGAAAAGCUCUGACAGCCCUUUUAAGACACUGAAGUGUUGUCCUUUUACAGCAAUAAUGAAGCAGCUAUCCUAAUGUUCAUGGCAAAAAUAAUAAUCAUCUAGGAGAAACAAAAAAUACCCAAAGGGAAGAUUUAGCACAGCCAGAUGCUUUCUGAAGGUCGGGGACUGUGUUACAGCCUGCAAGGGCCUUUGCAUCUCAUUGGGGGCUUGCACAUUUGCAUGGUGAGAUAAUGUAAUGAAGACCAGAGUACAAUGCUUCGUAUUUCUAUAGCCUCUUUCAUCACUGCAUCUCAGGGGAGACUAAACUUUGGGCCAGAUCCAGAGCACGCUGAAGUGCGCGUUCACCCGUGUGAGCUGCCCAUCCCCACCAAAAGCAAGUGUAACUCAAAUGGGAAGCUGUUUUAUUCCGAUUUCAUCCUCUAAACUGUGAAGCAGACAGAAAGGAAAAUGAGGUUGUGGGAGAAGGGUUAUGGUGCCCACUGGAUGUAUUUCCCUGCCAAAAUUGUGCUGUUCUCCUCACAGAUUUUGAGAAUAACUCUUUAUGCUGCCCUGCGUCUGUCUCAGUAAAACGGUGCAACUAUUCUCAAGCUGAAACUGAGCCCAGCUCCAGGCUAAAAAAGCUUGAACCGGACCAAAAGCCUGGAGAAAUCAAGGGAUAACCCAUGCUCACUCAGAUUGAGUCUUUUCAUCCACGUGUGAGACUGGGAGGUCAACAAGUCCCAAAAGCACCCUGAAAGUGGGCAGGCAAGGGGGAGGCAGCAGGGCAGUCGUCAUUUCUGGUGGUGCAGUGUCUUGAGGGACAAUACAAUGGGUUGGGAUGCAUUUUGCUGAGUCUGUGUCCUGUACUUCCACACUGGGACUGGCUACACCCAGUGCCCACUCUUACGUUUAAUCCAAAGAGUUAACUAAGAUUGGAAAAGCCAUUUAUGCUACUGGAGAAACUAGUCCUUUUUCUCUACAUCCCACAAAUGUCUGUAUUUGUCCAUGGGGCAGGCACUGGUAUGGGGUAGCUCUUUUCCCAGGCUCAGACCCCCUGUUUUGAUGACUUUCUUUCAUGAGCAUCCCCAGUAACUCUCUCUUUGCAUUUAGCAGACCAAGGACCCAAAUAGCCCAAAACUGGCUAUUUUGAAACCACUGGUUGCUGGUCCCUCUCUGCUUUGCAGUGAGGCCUACAUUUUCUGAGAAACAGAUAUUUUCCUUCAUUUUUUUCCCUGUUAGGCACCAAGCAAAUGGCCCCUCCAAACUAAGCAGCAGCUCAUAGACUUUAUGCGUUGCCGUAUAGACAUGACUAUAUCAACCCCUCCUGAAAGCCUUUAAGUAAUCAAUGACUGCAAUGGAAAUAGUCAUUCCUGACGGUUGUCAAGCUGAUUACAGCAGUCCCUGAUGAUUAAUGUUUGUGCAGUGUUUAGUCUUAAACCAUAUUGAAAAGCAGCUGGUUUAAUUACACGGACUGCCAAGAACUUUGUCCUGAAGGCACUGAGUUUAUCACAUCCACUCUGUCCUUGGAUGCUCAAGUAUGACUGAUUCUUUUGUUAGAAAUAGGUAUUUUAGGAAGCUGGGAACAUUGCAAAUGAUUCAUUUUAAUUGCAAUUAAAAUGGCUUGAGUCUUCACGUCAGAACUUGCUCUUCAGCUCUACCAUCCCAUUUAAGAAAAGGGUGGUGCCUACAUGUGUGUGUGCUCUUGGAGAAGGGUUGUCUAUGGGAUAAGCAUCAUGACCCCAGCAUUUAGUUUUAUGAAGUACCAGUGCCAUGCCUCAAAGCUCUUCCCAAGCUUUAAAAUCACUAAGCUGGUGGUUUGAAAGGCAGAAGUCUCCAAAAGCGUGUAUCCCUUGCUGAGGUUGUGUGGCUGCUGCUCAUUGUUCCUCUGUCUGGUGCGAUGUGUGAGCUGCCUUGGAGCUGAUUUGGUCAAAACUGACAUUUGAGUGGGAAAUACAUUUCUAGCUCUAAAUGGGUGCCAGGCCUAGGCUUAGUCUCAAGCAGGAGAAAGAAAACAGGAGGAAAGAGGCAGGGGAGUUUACCAGCAAGAUUUGAGUCUUGGUCCUCACCAUGUACUCCUUUAGCAUGAGUCUCAAAUCAGACAUACAGAGAAGAUUGUGGAGUGGGGUUUUGCUCAGCAAAAGCCAGGUAUUGGUGGGAGAAGAGCUUCCACCACUCUUGGGACUUCCCCAGGGCACUUCACUCAAGGGGGUCCUCCUACCCAACUACGUGCUGCCUUUGCUCUCUGGCUUGCACAUAGUGCUGGUCCGUGUGGCCAGCUCUGAGCUGGGCAGGAAAAGCCCUACCAAAAAUAUGGUGGAGAUCUGGACAUGCUGGGAGACACCUUGCUCCAGGGGUCCCGUGAACUGGUCACAAGGAAGCAGUGCCAUGGCUUCUCAAGGUUGUCCUGUGAGAUGCCACCUCCAUCCUUGAAGCUUUUGAAGACCAAGCUGGACCAAGCCCAUAGCUGAGCUUGCAUGGAGCAAUGGGUGGGACUAGAGACAUCUGUUCUCCCCAGUUUACCCUGAGACCCUGUGCUGCUGGGGCUGAGUGGAGACUCCUCCAUGUGAGAGAAGGGGACAAAGGUACUGUCUAGAGUCCUAUAACAUCUGAAACAGGGUCAGGGCCUCUUUUCUGUCCGUGAAACCAAGUGGCAAGGCACAGCUCAACCCCUAAAGCCAUACCCCCCUAAUCCACACUGGGGAGAGGGCUGGCUGGCCCAGACCAAGCCAUCCAGAGCGUGGACAGUCCAAGCAACAGGGGAACAGCCUGAACCUGUAAAUUUGUUAAGACAGACAUCAAGCCAGAGCUCUCUGCAACCCCACACCAGCAUCUACACCUUGGCAUCCCAGUCCCUUGAGCAUGCUGGGAAGAGUUGACUUGUUUUGACCACCCAUUGAGCAUGGCUCCCUGGGAGGGGUAGAACCAUGCCCAGGUCUGAUGCAGUGGUGGACUUUGUUAGGAAGAGGUUUAAAUAGCUCCCAGGUCCCGUCUGAUCUUCCUGGCCCAGGAGGUGAAUAAGAGGAUGGUUUUCUCAAGUCAUUAUGUUGUGUUCACACCUGGUGAUAUUGCUGUUCCACAUAAAAGUUGACACUCACCCACACUGUGUGUCCCAUUGGAGGGAUGCUGUUUGGAUGAGACGAGUGCCUAUGGAGAAGCCCUGCUUGUAAUGGGAAGGGUGAAGAGCCUAACCCCAAUCCCAGCCAGAUGACACCCAUGGCCAUCAAAGAGCCUCCAAGAAAAUUAGAGAGCCCAGUCCAGCAUUGAAUCACAAAGGCCAAUAGACCAGUUUAGGACCCCUGGUGAGUCUUCAUAUCUCCUCUGCCCUGAAAGCACCAACAUGCUCACAUGUACACAAUGAUCUUGGAACUGUUAAUGAGGCUCUUGCAGGUAGAGACAUGCACCUUUUGAUCAGUUCAUCCUCCAUCAGCUUGUCUGUGGUGUCUGAUCCUUGUAGUCACAAUUUUAUCUCUUCGUUCACAACUCCUAGAGUUGUAUUGUUGAUCAGGUUGCUACUUCAGUGGCUGAUCUUGGGAAAAGUUGAUAUGUAGCAAGGUGUCACCAAACAGCUCUCCCCAUGCCAACCCACAGCCUGGCACAUGGUGUCGAAAUUUUGACACCAGCCAACAACGUCUGAAGCAGAAGCUGGGCCACAUGGCUUCAUCUGUUGAGUUAAAAGAGCUUCUCAGUGGACUUGCUUCAAAUCAGCAGGGUCUUAAUUUUUUAUGCAGCCAACUGCUAACAUGUAAUGGGUUCAUUUGUAGGCCAGUGGGUUGACUAUGUGGGAGAGGUUUGCCCCAAGACCAGGAGACAAGAAACCAUCAUUUUAACUGUCAUUCUUUGGGUGACACCACACUUUAUCCUCAGGUGGGACGAGAGGGUUCAUUUGAGCUCUUGUAUGCCGCUUUUUCUCCAGCUUUUAAAAUGAAGAUUUUCAGUAGUUAUUUCCCCACCUCACAUAUGCAUUAUGAGAUGCAAUUAAUUGACAUCUAAUAACACAAAGAGCUGUUUUGAGUCUUUGUGCAACGGUUGGGCAGCAUGUGGUGCUACCCCCUUGUCAUGCCCAGCAUCACACAUAACACAGCACAUCCCAAUCUGCAAAACGCAUUAAAAACCCCUCAAUCCUGAAUUACCAAGGUGGAAAAAAACUCAGGGGGACUUUUCUCCUGAAUGAGGGGACUUGGGGAGGUGAUAAGCCAUUUGCACAGUUUCAGCGUUCUGCUGCCACAUCAACCCUGAAAAUAAGACAUUUUGUUUGAGAGCCCUUUGGGCGUUGGGAAGAAGGGAAGGGAGCAGGACCCUGGGCUCCAAGGGGAGCCCAACGAUGAAUCCCGUAGGGUUAGGACCAAACCUUUAGAGUAGUUGUGUCCCACUCAACCCCACCCUUGGUGAAGUCAAGGGAUCCCCAUUGACUUUGGGCAUCGUUGUGUGGGAACAGACCCAGCCAAAUUAGGGUAGUUUUCUCCAUUAGUUUCUUAACCUGCUGUGAGGGGGGGUCAGAGCUCUGGCUCUGAAGCCACCGUGUCGACAGCCGAUUCGCAGGGAUGUUUUGUGUGUUACAAAGCCUAUGACUGUUCUUAAAGAGGAGUAUUUUUAAUUUUUUUUUCCAUUUGUAGAAGGAAGGACAAGAGUAAUCUGUGGCAAACUGUACAGUAUGUGUCUUCUUGUGGUGUCACUGUUUGAAUGGUUAUUAAGUUUUCAAAUCACUGUGGACAGCUAAUCACUUAAGUUAUUAAUUUAUUCUUCGGGUUUUUGUUGUUUGUUUUUGUUGUUUUGGUUUUUGUUUUUUUUUUAAAGUAAUUUGAAACAAUUAUUUAUCCUGUAAAUCAGUCUUGAGUGAAGCCUAGAUAAUACUUUUUUUGCUGUUAAUAAACAUGGUACAUGCCUGACA